GUGUGUCAGUAAACGAUUUUGUGGUAGUCGCAAUCGGAGCGCAAUAAAAUUUGCAGAAAAUGUCGAUAUCAGCAAAACAAGCUAACAGGGAACACGUCCUGGCUGUUUCCAGGGAUUUCAUCUCCCAGCCACGUUUGACUUACAAGACCGUUUCUGGUGUCAAUGGUCCUUUAGUAAUCUUAGACGAAGUUAAAUUCCCUAAAUUCGCGGAGAUUGUGCAACUGCGCCUGGCUGAUGGCACACUUCGUUCCGGACAAGUGCUCGAGGUGAGCGGUUCCAAGGCUGUUGUGCAGGUGUUCGAAGGUACUUCGGGUAUUGAUGCCAAAAACACUGUGUGCGAGUUCACUGGUGACAUCUUGCGUACACCUGUAUCCGAGGAUAUGUUGGGUCGCGUAUUCAACGGUUCCGGCAAGCCCAUCGACAAAGGUCCCCCAAUUUUGGCUGAAGAUUUCUUAGAUAUCCAAGGUCAGCCCAUCAACCCCUGGUCGCGUAUCUACCCCGAGGAAAUGAUCCAGACCGGUAUUUCGGCCAUUGACGUGAUGAACUCUAUUGCUCGUGGUCAAAAAAUUCCCAUUUUCUCUGCUGCGGGUUUGCCACACAACGAAAUCGCCGCUCAGAUCUGUCGUCAAGCCGGUUUGGUCAAGAUACCUGGCAAGUCUGUAUUGGAUGAUCAUGAAGAUAACUUCGCCAUUGUUUUCGCUGCUAUGGGUGUGAAUAUGGAAACUGCUCGAUUCUUCAAACAAGAUUUCGAAGAAAAUGGCUCUAUGGAAAACGUGUGUCUCUUCUUGAACUUGGCCAACGAUCCAACAAUUGAACGUAUUAUUACUCCACGUCUUGCGUUGACUGCUGCUGAAUUCUUGGCAUACCAGUGCGAAAAGCACGUGUUGGUCAUCCUUACCGAUAUGUCCUCUUAUGCUGAAGCUUUGCGUGAGGUAUCGGCUGCCCGUGAAGAAGUGCCCGGUCGUCGUGGUUUCCCCGGUUACAUGUACACUGAUUUGGCUACUAUCUAUGAACGUGCCGGUCGUGUUGAAGGUCGUAACGGUUCAAUCACACAAAUUCCCAUUCUUACUAUGCCAAACGACGAUAUUACACAUCCAAUUCCUGAUUUAACUGGUUACAUUACUGAAGGUCAAAUCUACGUUGAUCGUCAACUGCACAACAGACAGAUCUACCCACCAGUCAACGUAUUGCCUUCGCUGUCUCGUUUAAUGAAAUCUGCUAUCGGUGAGGGCAUGACACGUAAGGAUCAUUCGGACGUGUCCAACCAGCUGUAUGCUUGCUACGCUAUCGGUAAGGAUGUGCAAGCCAUGAAGGCUGUCGUCGGUGAGGAGGCUUUGACGCCUGAUGAUUUGCUGUACUUGGAGUUCUUGACCAAAUUCGAAAAGAACUUCAUUGCACAAGGUAACUACGAAAACCGUACCGUCUUCGAAUCGUUAGACAUUGGCUGGCAGUUGCUGCGUAUCUUCCCCAAGGAGAUGCUGAAACGUAUACCAGCUUCUAUUCUGGCUGAAUUCUAUCCCAGAGACUCGCGCCAUUAAAUUUAUUUUUAAACGUUACUUUGCUUUUUGUUUUAUCGGUUUUACUUAUAAGCUGCAGUUUUAACGCAAUGCGCGCCAUCGCCUUACAUGCAUUCAUAAUUUACUGAUUAUAUAAAGUAAAAGGCGCAUGGAAAGUCGUUAAUACCUCUUUAAAUAUACAAUGUAAUCAGUUUUUCUAAAAACAGCUAUAGUGAGUUAAUUGUAAAAUGGGAUAAAUAUACAAGUGCAUAUGGUACAUAUGAAUGCAAAUAUGCUGCAAACUGCAACUGAAACUGGAACUAAUUAAUCAUAGUCGGGCGAAUAUGGUUAGAGAAAAAGAAAACAAAAGAAUGUUAUAUAGCACGCGUUUGAUGAUUCAUACGUCCGCUAUGUGUGGCGUUACAAUAUUUUAUUAUAGUUUAUUAAAUUAUAAAUGUGUUAGACAAAUUUUAUGCGCUUAAUAAUUGAACCUUUAAAUAAAGCAAAAGUCAAAGUCAUGUAAAAGAUAAACAAGGCAAUACGAUAACACACUCAGUAAUUAUAAUGUAAAUAUCUAAAUGUUUAGAAAAAUGAAAUUAGAUAACUGCUGUAAACAAAGCAACAGAAACUUGUGUUUUCUUGUUCAUUUUCGCUUUGUGUAAAUUUUUUCAAAUUACAUCAGUUCUGAGCACUAUUCUUCGUGCCGUUCAUUACAAAAAUAUAUUACUGUUUUAAUUAUUUUGAAAAAGAUACAAAACUUACACAGAAGAAAAGUAAAAAAUAUUCGGGCAGGUUCUGCAAUUUACUUCCGAGUGAAUUUCAACCCCUGCCAAUUUGAAUUCAAAGCGAACUUGGCUUAAAUUCACUCGGUAGUUAGUUGUAGAACCUGCCUGAUUAGCAGUUUUCAUAUCGCCGCCUACACCCUUACCACCCUCAAAAGCUGCUAUAUUGUUUUUUCACCGUUUUUUAGUUAUUAAGUUUGAAACCUUUACUUAACAACCAAAUUGCAAACAUUACACGCACACAAUUUCUCACACCUACAUAUAGAGCAUUCCAACUAAGAUAUUUUUAAUUAAAGAAAGUAAAAAAAAAUGUUUAUGCAUG